ACCGCGGUGGGGUGAGGAUGCGCUGCCGCUCCCCUGACUGGGGUGAAGCGGGUGUUUCGGGCAUGGCCGCGUUUCGUUGUGCCGGUUCUGCGGGGUUGGGGCUGAGGGGCUCGGUGUCAGGGCAGAAGACGGGCCAGGCCCCGCUUGCCGGCUCGCGUUCUGCUCUAUUACACAGCACCUUCUGUGCCUGUUCUGUGUCGCGAACGUGUGUGAUGCAGAACGUCCUGGGGCUCGUCGGCACGGUCAGGGUGGGUGGUGUGGCAAAGUGCCUCUCCUUCCUCCACCCGUGCCCGGUGGCUGCCGUGAGGGCUCGGCAGGAGCUGGCGCAUCGCGGCUCUCCCGAGCCUCACGGCGGCUCCCGCAGAGACCAGCGCGCAGCACGAGCACAGCCGUGCCUCCGGAGCGCUUCCUCUGCUCCAUCUUUCCGUCAAAGAACUGCUUACAUUGCUUCAUUAAAUGCGGGAUCUUUGAUGACGACAAAGCUUUCACAGCCACAGUCUACACUGGCAAAAAGCCUAACUUCAACAAGUACAAAUGCUCCCUAUUUUAAAGCAUUAGAAAGUACAGAAAUUCCACCUUACCUGACUAAUUGUCCCAGCAACGGGCUUUGCAGUAGACUGCCACCAGACUGCAUGACAUGUAACACAAACUAUUCCUGUAUAUAUGGGAAGACGGCAACUUUUGAUUGCAAAGUCAAGCCACACGUUCAUUGUGUUGAUGAGAAUAACCACGAGCAGGAGAACUUUACAAUUAACAUGACGUGCCAGUUUUGCUGGCAGCUUGCCACAAGUGAUUAUGUCUGUACCAAUUCCACAAACUGCAUGACAGUUUCCUGCCCUCGACAGCGAUACAAUGCAACUUGCACAGUCCGGGAUCACAUUCAUUGUCUAGGUAACCGUGUCUUUCCUAAGAUGCUCUAUUGCAACUGGACUGGAGGUUAUAAGUGGUCUACUGCCUUGGCUCUAAGCAUCACCCUUGGUGGAUUUGGUGCCGAUCGUUUCUAUUUGGGUCAGUGGCGGGAAGGUCUGGGAAAACUCUUCAGCUUCGGUGGACUUGGAAUAUGGACACUAAUUGAUGUGCUGCUAAUAGGUGUUGGCUAUGUGGGACCUGCAGAUGGAUCUCUCUAUAUUUAAAUGUGGGUGCAAUGUGUUUCAGAGAGGAGUCGUUGCCUGCAAAGGGCUCUAAAUAAACAAGUGUGGAAGUUUGAGCCUUUAAGGUAGAAUGAAGAACAACUGUUUGUUCUGUGUGCAUACAUUUUAAUGUACAGUAUCUGUACUUGGUUUGCCUUUAACUAAGGUCAAAUAAAAGAGUGGAUCACUGAGUAAGUUGAAAUUAAUUUCAUUUCUUCUAUGGACAUGGUAUUUUUCUAUGAAAAAAAGUUGAGCAGCUAACCAAAUUCUCCACUGUGCUUGAGCUUGGAUGAUCUGUCAGGCCCUCAAAGAGCAGCAAACUAACUUGAAUAUUGAAUUGUUUACUUCAUAUUUCUAUGCUUUAAUUUAACUCUAAAGCUAACUUCCCUAAAUAUGUCAGGGUUUUUUUGGUUUUUUUUUUAAUUUGUGGGAGGAUAAUUUAUUUGCCUGAGUUAUGUGGGUAGUAUGUAAAUCACCAUGUUUUAUGAUGUUAAUUACAUUAUCUUCUUGGUUUGGGACGUAGCAAGAGCUAAUACCUGCUUAGGGACUCGACUUUAAAUUAUGGGGGAGUUUAGAAUUAGACUGCAGUAUCACUAAAGGCUAAAUAUUAAAUAAUUGAAAUAGAUUUUUUGAUUGUUCUGGGAUAACUUUUUUUUGAUUGGGUUUGACCACCAUAUCUGUGAAAGUUACAGUUCCUAUUCUUGUGCUAGCAAGCUUGCCAAAUUACUUUUAAAAAGGGUUGGCAAUGUAAUCGAUGAGUUUAUCCAUUAGGACUUUGUGACGCGAUAAUGUAGCGGACUAGUGCCAUUACAGGACAACUUCGUGUAGGCGCGGUGAAUGCCCGCCGUGCGUGCGUGCCCCCCGCCCGGGGCUGGAGCGGCCGCUGCUGUAGCACCGCGGUGCCGUCGGGCUGGAAAUGCUGUCGCUUCAAUAAACUGCCCCUUGAAGCUUC